AUGCUACUGGAGCUUUUACACAUUGACAAGACUUGUGCAGAAGUUGUGAUUAAAGCUUGGAAGGAAAUGGUUGCGACGACUGCUUCUCGAGACAAGUCCUGCGUCUUCGAUAAUAUAGAGGACUAUGUCGACUAUCGAAUUGUUGACACCGGGGCGCCGUUCGUGGAUACGGUGAUGCGGUUCGGCAUGGGAAUCCUCUUGACCUCCGACGAGGAAGAAAUGCUUGCUCCUAUAGUUAGACCUUGCUUCGCAGCUCUGGGGCUAGCUAACGACUAUUACUCCUUUGACAUCGAGUAUAAAGAGUUCAAAGAAAGUCAAAGGACAGAGGGGUCGCAUAGUAUGACCAACGCCGUGUGGUUAUAUAUGAAGUGGAACAAUCUUUCCAUUGACGACGCAAAGGCAAAAGUCGUACAAGUUGUCCGCGGCUACGAAAAGGAUUUCCAACAAUCUGCGAAUCAUUUUAUAGCUGACGCAAAGCGCUGCCGCCCCCACUUGCGCGAUUACCUGGGGGCUUUGGCCUUCCAGAUUCCAGGAAACAUUGUCUGGAGCCUUCGGUGUCCUCGUUACCACCCUGAAUUAUGCUCCGAAGCGUCAACUUUACUCCAUCCCGGCAAUGAACAAGACUAUAAUCAAAACAGCCAAGACCAGCUUCUGCCAGCCGCAAAGCAAGGGCUAUCCGACGAUGAAGAUUCCGAUACAAACUCUAGCAUCAGCUCUUCAUCAAUUGGGGGAACAAGCAACUCAGUCCCGUCGAGCAGAUCCUCGGUAAAUUCAAGGGACGAUUCGACCGACGAGCCGAAGACACAAAGCCGUGCUCAGCUUGGUUCUGAGGUCUCUCACCCUUUCUAA